AUCCCUGCAACAUCUGCGGGGAAAGAUUUAAAUACACCUCAACGCUUAAAAGUCACCUAACAACUCACACGGGUGAGAAGCCGUAUCCUUGUGAAACUUGUGGGAAAAAUUUCAGUCAAAAAGUCAUUUGUUGGCUCAUAUGAGAACGCACACAGGUGAGAAGCCAUACUCCUGUGAAACAUGUGGAAAAAAAUUCAGUCAAAGAAGUCAUUUAUUGGCCCACAUGAGAACGCACACAGGCGAGAAGCCGUAUUCUUGUGAAACAUGUGGAAAAAAUUUCAAUCGAAGUGAUAGUUUGUUGCACCACAUGAGAACUUACACAGGUGAGAAGCCUUAUUCUUGUGAAACCUGUGGGAAAAGUUUCAGUCAGCGUUGUCUUAUGUUAGUCCACAUGAGAACUCACACUGGCGAGAAGCCGUAUUCUUGUGAAACGUGUGGGAAGAGUUUCAGUCUAAGUUGUAGUUUGUUGCGCCACAUGAGAACUCACACAGGUGAGAAGCCGUAUUCUUGUGAAUUAUGUGAGAAAAGUUUCAGUCAGCAUGGUCUUUUGUUGGUUCACAUGACAACUCACACAGGUGAGAAGCCGUUUUCUUGUGAAACAUGUGGGAAAAGUUUCAGUCUAAGUUCUAACUUGUCGCGCCACAUGAGAACGCACACAGGUGAGAAACCAUAUUCUUGCAAAACUUGUGGAAAAAAUUUCAGUCAGAGUGGUAAUUUAUUGCACCACAUGAGAAUUCACACAGGUGAGAAGCCAUAUUCUUGUGAAAUGUGUGGGAAAAAAUUCAGGGAAAGUGGUAAUUUGACUGCCCACAUAAGAACUCACACAGGUGAGAAGCCUCAUUCUUGUGAAACAUGUGGCAAAACUUUCACAAAACAUGGUCAUUUGUUGCGCCAUAUGAGGACUCACACAAAUGUGGCUGCAACACCUGUGGGGCAAGAUUGAAAUGUGCAUUAGCACUAAUAAAUCACAAAAGUAUUCAUACAGGUCAGACAUCUUAGUCCUGUGACACUUGUGCGCACAAACUUGAAAAAUCAUGGAAGAAUCCAUUCAUGUUAAAAGUAGAUCAAAGUGCCUUUAAAUCGCUUCAACAAUAAUCAUGUGUUUAUUGCAUGCAGCACUGUAAGAGAUGAGUCUAAUAAAAUCUGGUUUCCAUCUGUGUCAGACUGUACAAUCAAUUGGAAGCUGUAAAUCUUUUUGAGUCUGAUUUGACUCUUACAGAAGCACAUUGCAUUUGCAAAAGAAAUACUGUUUGAGUUGCCUCAUACUUAGAUGAAAGACUUUCUAACUGAUUUAACAUUUCUUAUCAAUCUCUGCUCCGCUUAAGAGGUCAGGAAGAUGUUACUACCUGACUUGAUGUAAUGAAUAUGAGUUUGAACAUCAUGUAAUUGUUUUUUCCAGUUAAGAAUUUUGGAAAAUGUUAAGCUCAUAUGCGUGUAAAUUGGCUGCUGUCCUAUUCAUCUAGUUAAAAUCUCAUAUAUAUUUCUGUGCUGGUUUUAUGUAUAUAUAAAAAAAAAGAAAACCAGUUUCUUUUGCUUUAACAUCUGGAAGCAACAGAUGUGACUGGAUUAACAGGCUGCAAGAAUACAUGGCAUCCUUUUUAAAAAGAUAUGCAUACAAUUUUAUCAUGUUUAUAGCUGCACAUUUUACAAAACAGUUUAAUUGUACAGUUUAGGAUUCAGAGGUUUUGGGUUCCUUCAGAAAAGUUUGCUCAGAUCAGAUGAUAUCGCUGUGAUACACACUGAGUGUUGUACUAAUGACAUCAGUUGUAUCAUUGUGUAUAGUGUAAUAUAUUUGGACCUGUACAGAAACACAGAUUGUUUAUUUCCUUCAGUUAUUUUGCUGCUGUUAACUUCUCUCCAGAUUAUUAAUAAAACACUGAUGAUGCACC